UUUUUGGUCUAUUUUCAUCCAUACAAACAUGGAUAUAUGCAUCAACCAUUAGAAUCCUCCAGACCUACCGACUCUUAAAAAAAGUAAUACUUCUCUCUCUUUUACAUAUGCACAAAUUAAUGGAGGAUCACUACCUCCUCCGAUCACUCUUAGCCACCGCCACCGCCACCGCAACCGUUCCCUCUCCCGCUGCUACCACUGCCACUGCCACUACCACUACCACUACCACUGCCACCACCAUGGAGCAUGAACCAGUGUAUCGUAACAUCACAACCAAUGUUUCUGGCAUCACUUUUCGUAUAAUUAUGAUAUCAUUCAUCGGAAUAAUUGCCAUUUGGGCGAACCACGAAGCAUCAAAAGGCUUCUCCAUCACGGUGGUUAAUGAUGCCGGUAAGCACUCAUUGGCUGGAAAACGUUUUUCACUCUUCUACGAAUCAAACGAUAAAGCAACUCGAAUAGUCCUGAAUACAAGCAGUGUUGUAGAGAAUCUUUUAUACCCUAAUGAUCAAGACUUCCUAAACUCCAAGAAACAAAUCAAUGGUGUCAUACUUAGACUUGCACCGACGAAUAUUCCGGCCAUGGUGGAGGUUGAUUCCCAAGAAUCCCAUGAAUAUAUAAUCAGUUUGAGCCCAUCAGUGUUCAUGGAAACUUCCAAAAACGAUGAAGCCAUUGUAUUGGCGGUGCUACACGGCAUGGCUCGGGUGUGGCUGUGGAACGGCAAGGGAGCAACUCCGCCGGUGCUUUUGAACGGCAUGGUGGAGUAUAUAAGCAGCUUAGCAGGCUUCACAGUGACUCAAGUAUGGAAAUCCGGUGGUGGUGCGACCAUGUGGCCGCCGGAAAACAAUGAGAUUUGCUGGAAAGACAGGGAUCCAAGAAGGGUGGCAGGGUUUUUGAGAUAUUGCGACCAAAGUAAACAAGCAGCUGGUGGUGGUGGCGAGGUGAUCCGACGGUUGAACCAACGGAUGAGUAAUAAUUGGCAUGAUGGGAUGAUGGAUGAUGCGAUAGGCAUGGCAGGCCAACAUGCAUGUGCAUCGUACGACAUGAUGAUGUGGCAAUUGCACCCAUCCAGCUCAAUGUGAUUAUUGUGUAUGGUCCAAGUCCAAUAUAGAAUAAGAUGGAAUUCAUUUGAUUAUUGUAUUUAAAUUAUAACAUCAAAC